AUGGAUACCAGAGGACGAUACAGUGGAAUCCCUGCCAUCCCCACCGACAUUGGCUUCAGCGGUGGAAAAGACAUCGGAGGUAAGAAGAAAAACGGUGUUCUCUCCCAAGUGACCAGCAAUCCAGGAGUUGUCCUGGGUAUGGGUCUCACCACUCUCGCCUUACUUGGCAUGUUCAGGUCUUCCUUCAAAGGCGACAAAAUGGGCGCACAAAAGUACAUGCGAUACAGAAUUUUGGCUCAGUUCUUUACCGUUACAGCAUUGGUAGCAGGAGUAACCAUCUUUGGAGCCACCUACAAGGACGAGAGUCUUGAGGCUAAAAUGACGCCGGCUGUGAUGCUACAGAAGCAGUGA